UUUUUUUUUUUUGUAAAUUUUGAAUUUAAGCGCCGUUUAUGAUUGGAAAUGAUGUUUGUGAAAAACAGAAGGUUAUUCAUAGCUGGGUCUUUCUUGAAGAAUAUCAUUUUGUCAUAUUUAACUGAUCAGUUCUAGAGUUAAAAGAUAAUAUGUCGAGGCAAGUUAAGUUAAUGCAAUUAACUACCAAUUAUUCUAAAAAGAUGAAUCAGCUAAAAAACAGAAUAUUCGGAGAUUUGGUGAGACCCACGAGCAUUACAUCAAUGAAGGUUGUGAAUUUAAUGAGCGAAAUGCCCGUUCAUAAAAAUCCAGAGAAAACUGUCGAGUACUACCCAAGGCAUCUCGAGACGCAUGCAUUGAUGACAAAAUUAAGGGAUUACGGCCUCUACAGGGAUGAGCACAAAGACUUCCAAGAGGAAAUGACAAGAUUGAGAGAACUCAGGGGAAAGAGGAUAUGGUGGAAGGAGAAUAAUAAAAAAUAAAUUGUUAUAAAAAUGUUUAGCCUUAAUGUUAUUAAAAUAUUUUUCAUUUAAA